UCCUUCUUGAAAAUCCACCUGCUACGCAAUCACCCGUAUGGUAAUUACCUGUCCUGGCUACCACACAUCUCAGGAAAAAAGGAGUACCUGAAAUCUUUCCAUUCCGUCAGCUGGCUGGCCAGGUGCAUCCCCUUCAACUGGUUGGUGGAAAGGAUGGAGAGGCUUAGGAUCGUCUCUUCAGGGGGGGCCAUGGUGAAGAGGAGGCCCCUGCCAAUGGCGCCCUUCAGGUGGGUGAUGCCGAUCACAGCCAUGAAGAAAAAGGUGCUAUUGAUGGGUAAGAGCGGGUCUGGCAAGACCAGUAUGCGAUCGAUCAUCUUUGCGAAUUAUAUCGCACGAGAUACCCGCCGCCUCGGUGCCACGAUUGAUGUGGAACAUUCUCAUGUUCGAUUUCUUGGAAACCUGGUACUGAAUCUCUGGGACUGUGGUGGCCAGGACACCUUCAUGGAGAACUAUUUCACCAGUCAACGGGACAAUAUUUUCCGCAAUGUGGAGGUUCUGAUUUACGUGUUUGACGUGGAAAGCCGCGAGCUGGAGAAGGACAUGCACUACUACCAGUCGUGCCUGGAGGCCAUCCUUCAGAACUCUCCUGAUGCCAAGAUCUUUUGCCUGGUGCACAAAAUGGACCUCGUUCAGGAGGAUCAACGGGACCUGAUUUUUAAGGAACGAGAGGAGGACCUGAGACGGCUGUCUCGUCCGUUGGAAUGUGCUUGUUUUCGAACGUCCAUCUGGGAUGAAACGCUUUAUAAGGCUUGGUCCAGUAUCGUCUACCAGCUCAUCCCCAACGUUCAGCAGCUGGAAAUGAACCUGAGAAAUUUUGCUCAGAUUAUUGAGGCGGAUGAGGUGCUUCUCUUUGAAAGAGCUACUUUCCUGGUGAUUUCCCAUUACCAGUGUAAAGAGCAACGUGAUGUCCAUAGGUUUGAGAAGAUCAGCAACAUCAUCAAGCAGUUCAAGCUGAGCUGCAGUAAGCUGGCAGCCUCCUUCCAGAGCAUGGAAGUCCGGAACUCCAACUUUGCUGCUUUCAUUGACAUCUUUACUUCCAACACCUAUGUGAUGGUGGUCAUGUCUGAUCCAUCGAUACCUUCUGCAGCCACCCUGAUCAAUAUCCGCAAUGCCCGGAAACAUUUCGAGAAAUUGGAGCGAGUGGAUGGACCAAAGCACAGCCUUCUCAUGCGCUAAGUGUGAUCAUGUGACACAUUGGGAAACAUCGGAACUCCAUUGUGUUCUGGGUUUGCUCUUGCAUUUUGAGAUUUUAAUAUUGCCAUUAUGUAUUCAAGCUUUGACAAAAGUACUGCUUGUCUCCUAGAUUUUUUUCCCCCUGCUCCUCCCCCCUUCCAAAUAAAACCCCAGGUGUACUUACCACCCCUCCCCCCCCAUCUACCUGUGCACUUCUCCGUGCAUAUUAUAGCCACUUACCUAUAAUCCGGUGCCCCCCAGGCCCACGGAUAUAGGGCGUGAUUUCCUUAAACAUCAUCUGAAGAUCUACCAGAUCAUGAAGAAGGUCUUCAAGUAACAGGAAGGGGUCCUGGGGCACGAGGGGAGGGGACUUGCAAAUCUUGUAUUAACUUAGUUCUAAUAGUGAUGCAUGCCGAGCUUUUCCUUUGGAAUAUUCUGCCUCUGAUUAUGAAUGACAUAAAUGGAAUUUUGCUCUUUUAUUAACCAAAUGCUAGAAAGCAUUUUCGAAUCCUUCCUUGUUCUCUAUUAGAAAACAUUUACUCCUUAGGGCCCCCUACUUCCCCGCCCCUUGCAUGUAUUUAUCUUUCCAUUGUAUUGGUUUUGUCCAUUUUGCCAUUGGAUCUUCAGGAAUCCAUCCCCAAUUUAUUCCUGGAGCAGUCCUAUGUUGUUACUCCCCUCGAUGGCAACUUUUUAAUCACUCUUAUAUUAUCUGUAUUAACCUUUAGACAAAAUAAAGUAGUUAUGGCAAAAAGAAA